UAAGAAGUGUCUACACUGCUGGCUUCACUCAGUAAAUUCCCCUUCUCAACGCCCCAUCCUCCCCCGCGACAUUUCUACAAAAGUGCCCCCGGGGGGCCAACCGGCUGCCCGCCUUCGAUUCCCUUCUCCUCCAGAAACCAGAUCAUUUCUGCCCCUUACUCCUGAUGGCUGGAAGAAAAAGGAGGAAGUUGAAAAAAUUACCUGAAGAAAGUAGAGAUAAAGAGAAUAAGCCAGAUGCACAGCAGACCUGGCUGGAGCUUCCAGAGGACCUUUUGGAAAUGGUUAUCUCACGGUUAACCUUGAGCGAAAAUAUCCGUGCUUCUGUUGUUUGUAAACAGUGGCUUGCUGUUGCCAUCUCAGUGCGAGUGGUGAAUAAACCUCCCUGGUUGAUGUUCUUUCCAAAAUAUGGGGACUUGGUUGAGUUCUAUGAUCCUUUGCACCGUACAUUCUAUACUCUUGAGUUGCCUGAGUUAGUUGGCUCCAAGGUUUGUUAUUCGAAAGAUGGUUGGUUGCUUAUAUACAAGACUAGUACCAAUCGUCUGAUGUUUGUUAACCCCUAUACAAGGGAGUUGAUUAAGUUGCCUAAACUUGAAUUGACAUACCAAAUAGUUGCCUUCUCUGCUGCUCCAACGUCUUCUUGCUGUAUUGUGUUUACUAUUAAGCACAUCAGCCCCACCAUUAUUGCCAUUAGUACCUGCCAUCCUAGAGCAGCUGAAUGGACAACCAUCAAUUACAGAAACCGUUUGCCAUUUGUUAGCAGCAUUUGGAAUAAGCUGGUCUUCUGUGGUGGAAAGUUUUAUUGUCUGAGCCUCACUGGUUGGUUGGGGGUUUAUGAUCCAGAAAAGCGCAGUUGGGUUGUUCAUGUACUGCCCCCUCCCAAAUGCCCUGAGAAUUUUUUCGUAAAAAAUUGGUGGAAGAGCAAAUUUAUGGCUGAGCACAAUGGGGAAAUUUUUGUUAUAUACACUUCAUCUGAAGUUAACCCUGUGAUGUAUAAAUUAGACCAAGCAAUUAAAGAAUGGGUGGAGGUGAAAACUUUAGGUGGUCUAUCUAUCUUUGCAAGUUUCUUGUCCUCCCAUGCAAAGAUAGAUCUUCUUGGGACUAUGAGAAAUAGUGUUUACUUUUCUAAGGUUCGCUUUUAUGGAAAGCAUUGCGUGUCAUACUCCCUUGACGAUAAUAGAUACUACCCCAGAAAGCAGUUCUAUGAUUGGGGGGAAGAAGAUCCUUUUGGAAGCAUUUGGAUUGAACCACCUGAAGAUCAUUCAAGCUUUGCUUAGAAAGGCCAGUGGAAUAGGCCAUAUAGCAUUCAUAACUAAAAUCUCACCUUGCGAGGUCUUUGGGUAGCGAACCCCAUUGAGCCAUUAAGGAUGAGCUUUUAGCCGCCUGAAGAGUGAAGAGGAGUCCCCGACAGAACGAAACCCGGGCUUUGCAGUGAAUCAUCCUUGGCCCUUCUGUCAGUACUGCUAGCUAUGCCUUUCCAUGUUUCCAGCAUCUCACUCUCUGCCCUGAUCAAGUAUUAAUUUAGAAGCGGGCCAAAAUACCCCUUGAUUUAAAAACCCAUGAUAUCCGAAUUGAUUCGAAAAAUAUGAUGCUUGUUUCACAGUA